AUGAAGGACGUGCGACGUGAGGAACAUAUCCUCACGUCCAUGCACAUGGUCACCUACAUGAAGACGCACCACAAGCAGUGGCUGGACCAGCACAAGGCCACGAAAAAGGACCCCUACAAGGCUAUUCUUGGAAUCUCUGCCAGGCCUUCGCCCGUCGACACCGAUUUUCCCAGCGGAUCCUCCGUAUGCUGUGGUUGGAAGACACUCCUGUCAAUUCUGCCGCUGAAAAGCGUCUCGCGAUGA